AUGCGGGCGGACGCUCGGACACCGCGGCGGCGAAGUCGGCGCCCGUCGGCCACGGUGCACGUCGCUCUGGUGUCCGUGCUCCUUCUGUUGACGGCGCGCGCCGUCUGCGGCGCCGAAAACGUGCGCCAGGACAUCGCGGAGUUCACAACGUACAGCCCCGGCCUCGGAUGGAAGACCCGCCUCGAGCACCUGUCGACCGUCAAGCUCGCCGCAAAGGCCCCCCCGGUGGUACACAUUGUUCCGCCAGUCCUCCCCGCGAAGCGGCGGAGAUCAGCGCAGCUGGAGGCACAGAAAGCCCCGCUCAUCGCCGCGGGCACGGGCCAGCGGCUGAGGCUCUUCACGCCCGAGGGCGCCCUGACGGACGAGUACGUCACGAGCGCCGGGGACGUCACGUGCAUGGACUCCCUGGCCACCGCGCGCGGCCACACGGGCACGCCGCUCCUCGUCGGCCUGACGUCUGGCGCUGUCCUCGCCAUGUACGUAGAGAGGGACACCGAGGUGCCGUCGGACAGCGCGUGGGCCGCGGUCCCGGGCGCGCGCCCCGGCUCGGUCUUCGCGGGGGCGACUCUCCUGGACCUCCCGACGCGCCACGCGGACGGUCCGGCGGGUUCGCCCGCGGCGGUGGCCGUGGCGGCGUUGCAGCCCAGCGGACCGAAAACGCACGCCUGGGCAGCGGUCGCGGCGUUCGCGGACGACACGAUCGGGCUCUGGCGGCUCGGGGGCAAGGGCGGCGACGCCGUGUACGAGCUCGGCGCGUCCGGGCUGCCCACCGCGGACGGGCGGAGGUACGCCGCGACGGGAUGGGGUCAGGUGGUCGGCGCGACACCGCUCGGCAAGUUCUGGGCUGGGUUCGGGCGCGCCGGCGCGCUGCUGACGAUCGACGGGCGGUCCGGGCGGUCGCACCGCAUCGUGUGCGGGAGGCCCGAGGCGGAGGGCGAGGAGGCGCACUGGGACGCGUUGGACUCGGCGGCGUUCGACGGGGGGAAGCAGCAGCGGGCGUUUGCGUUGAAGCUGGGGGGGCAGAUGCUGGUGCUGACGGUGCCUCAGCACAAGGGCCGGCCGACGCGGUGCAACGUGGCGGCGGCGGUGACCGCGCACGGGGGCGACGCGAAGGUGCAGGCGCACAUGGCGGCGCUCCACGGCUACCUGUUCAUGACUCUUCGCGGAGGGUCGCGGGUGGGGUACGUGCCGGGCUGCGCGCGCGGGACGGACUGCGCGCUGCUGCUGGCGCUCAACACCACGCAGACCCGCGCCACCAAGAUCCCCUUCGGCGUGCUCGCGGCCUCGAUCGACUCGGCCCUGGACGUCUCCGCCGGCAAGGUGUCGGAGCGGGGAGCGAACCGUCACGCCGUUCCGGCCCUGACGGCCUCCGCGCACGACGGCCUGCUCGCCGUGUCGUGGCCGGACGGCCGCAUCGACGUACUCGCCAACCGCAUGUUCGUCAAGAGGUCGGACGGCAACAAGAAGGCCGGGAUCGCGUCCUCCGCGGCGUCGUCCGGCGCGCACCCGCUCCUCCUCGCCGUCGUCGGAAUCGGCAUCGUCCUCUACAUGCAGUUCCGCCGUCCCAGUGACCCCAUGGCGGGCGCGCAUACGAACAACCCCAUGUUCGGACCCAUGGCCGCGCUGGGGGGCCGCGGGCGCGGCUUCGGCCCGGGCCGCGGCGCGGGCCGCGGCCAGCUCGACGCGGAGGCGGUUCUGCGGGCGGCGCGCGGCAUGGACAGGGGUCUAGGAGGCGGCGGCGGUGCACUCGGCGGGAUCGGCGCCGGCAUGGAAGGUUUCCGCGAAACUCCUCCGGCGCGUCGUGGCCGCGGGUCCCGCGGACCGUCCGCGUCCGGCGCGCGCCACACGGGCCGCGCGGUGCCCUUGUCACACGCGGCUGCACCUGUGCCCUCGUCCGAUUCUUCGCGGAAGUUCGCAGACGGGCCGCCCAGCCUGCCAGAGCUCGGGGAGCGCGGGAGGGACGCGUGCGCGGGCGGUGCGGACGCGCAGACGACGGUUCGAGAACGCGGCGAGCUGCCGUUGGUGACGCAGGGCGUGCAAGAGAUGGAGCACUUGCCGGAGCAGUACGACGAUGAGCUGCUGGGACAGCCGUGGGCCGUGGGGGAGGACUGGCUGUCGAAUUUGGAGGCGUUUGGGGAGGAGGACGGGGCUGGCGAGGAGCCUACAGAGCCCAUGAGCCGAGACGAGAGGAAGAACCAGUAG